AUGGCUCCUUUCAAGUUCUCAAAAAAAAGUUCUAAGGAAAAGGCCAAGCAGGAGCCUGUGCCGCCUGAAGCAACGGUACCAGCCAAACCACAACCUAAAUCACAGUCCCAACCACAAGCUCAACCACAGGCUAAGCCGCCAGCUAUUCCACCUCACAAUCCCAAACGCUUCAUGCAAGGUGAGAAGCCGUCCAUUUCGAGCGUGCCAGAGGCUCUGGCAACUCGCAUUUAUCCAACGCCUGUUCCUUCACAACAAAGGAACGUGUCAAGCGCGUCUGCAUUACAACAGGCCGAUUACACGCCGUGGCAUAGAGUCAAACUUUCCAAUUCACCAUUCCCACGAUAUCGUCAUGUUGCAUCUUCAUACACGUCCGAUCAAAAUCAGAUUUUUGUCAUUGGCGGUCUUCACGACCAGUCUGUAUACGGAGACACCUGGAUAAUUUCUGCGCUCGACGAAGGUACCAAAUUAUCAUCCAAAACUAUAGAAAUUACCGAGUCCACGCCGCCCCCACGCGUGGGACACGCCUCUACCCUGUGUGGUAACGCUUUUGUCACUUUUGGUGGCGACACGCACAAGGUCAACAGUGAAGGCUUGAUGGACGAUGACGUUUACCUGUUCAACAUAAACUCCUACAAAUGGACUAUUCCCAAACCUGUGGGACCAAGGCCGCUAGGCAGAUACGGCCAUAAGAUAAGUGUCAUUGCCACGUCUCAGUUGAAAACCAAGCUAUACGUUUUUGGCGGUCAAUUUGACGACACCUACUUUAAUGACUUGGCCGUUUUCGAUUUGUCGUCAUUCAGACGCCCUGAUUCCCGUUGGCAAUUUGUGAAGCCCUAUACUUUUACGCCGCCACCGUUGACCAACCAUACCAUGGUGUCGUACGACUUUAAAUUGUGGGUUUUUGGUGGAGACACCCCACAGGGUCUCAUAAAUGACUUGUUUCUCUUCGACCCUCUCCUCAAUGACUGGCGUGUCGUCCAAACGACUGGUGAGAAGCCACCACCCGUGCAGGAGCAUGCUGCUGUCCUGUAUGGCGAUCUCAUGUGUAUCGUUGGAGGUAAGGACGAACAAGACAUUUACUCCAAUGACGUGUAUUUUUUGAACAUGAUAUCCUUGAAGUGGUUCAAGCUGCCUCUUUACAAGAUGGGAAUUCCUCAAGGCCGUUCGGGUCACUCAUUGACUCUGCUACCCAAUAACAAACUGUUGAUCAUGGGUGGUGACAAAUUUGAUUAUUCCAGACCCGAUGACGCCGAUUUCCACACUUCAGAAGUGGAUAUGGGCUGUGGAACUAUUCUCUACUUGUUGGAUUUGACCAGGCUAAGGGAAAACUGUCCGGGUAUUUACGACGCCGUUCGCACUGACGGGUCUCGAAAAAUGCGAGAACCAAACACCGCUUCUUCACAACUUCAAAAUCGGAUCCUUUCUGGUCAGCAACAAAAUAUUCUGACACCAUUCACCGAGAGAUACCAGACUCCUAAAACUGAACAGGGUGGAUUCAUCCCUGCCGAGAAUCACAGCUCGCCCAACAAUGACAAGACUGUAGAUCCCCAACCUGUGAGAAAAGACCAAUCGGCGGCCGACUUACAGGCUCCACAUGACAUGAUAAAGCCGACGUCACCGAUUCCACAGCUAAAAACCACACAGUGGGGAGGCCCCCACAGUCCACCUCCUCGUGUUGUUUCAUUAAGCUCGGGCAAUGAUUCGGAGCUCGGCACUUCAAGAGGUCAUGACAGCCAACUAAGUUACGAAACCGGCGAAGAAUAUGGCGUUGCUUUGGUCGGUAAUUCACCCUCUCGCCCAGUCGUUAGGGAGAGCAUAAUACCUGAAAGCGAAACGCUAGAAAACUUACGGGAUCGAACUGCUCCCGAAGAUAUAACCCCUAAGCGCGAAGACUUCAAAGAAGCAGCUUCAACGCCAGAACAGGAAAGGGCUCGAAAACUUCCUAACGAAACGCCUGCGCAAGCUCAGGUGAAAAAUGUGACAAAAGACAUGAUCGAUGCUUUAAGGGUGGAGCUCGGUGAACUGAGAUCGGAAGCAGAAAAAAACGCACGCUCUGCCAGUCAACGGAUUAAGGAGUUGGAGACAGAAAAUGAUAAGUUGAAGGAGAGCGGCAGCGCGGGAUCGAGGCUAGUAAGGUUGCAGACAGACUUCGAUAUUGCCGUUGCUGAUAAGAAGGUGCACGAAGACAGAGUUAACGAGAUGGAGGAUCUUCUUUCCAAGAAAUUUUUGGACGUAGCUCGCCUACACGACAUCAUUCGAGUACAAAGCAACAAGCUGAGCACGUUUGAUGAUAAUGAAAUCUUUAGAGAGAAACAUGAAGAAUUGACAGCAAAGCAUGAACAGCUGCUCAAGGAGCAUGAGGCUCUAAAAGCACAGGAUCGAGAACAAACUAAAUCCCUACAUGCUACCAUCGAGCAAUACAAUGUUCAGCUGGAAGAAUUUAUAUCAUUUAAAAAGCGAGGCGAUCAAGCGGAAACCGCCGCGCCCAUUUCUGAUCAUCAUCAAAAAGUAAUCAACGAUUUGAGGUCCAAUCUAGAGAAACUUACCGUUGAGAAGGAGGCAAACGAGACCUCCAGAGUAGAGCUCUCGCAAUCCUUAAAGGAUCUACAAGACAAGCACCAGGAACUGGAGGCUACGGUAAAGAAACUGGAGCAGAACUAUGAAAGUAGCCUAAAUUCCGUAAAUUACGCUAGCAGAGCGUUGGAAUUGUCCCAAGACGACCUCAAUAAGUAUAAGCAGGAGAACAAACGACUGGCAGACGAACUUGAGGAGUUGAAAUACAAGUCCAACGAUCGUCGCGACGUAAGCAUUACCUCGAACGACGAGUCGAUUAUGAGUGUUGGAGGAGGCGCAGUGGGCUCUGACUCUAGAAACGACAUGCGUGACGCUCCCUAUCGCUUGAAGAUCAAAGACCUGAAGGCGGAACUGUUCAUUAUAAAGCAGGAAAGGGACUCGCUCAACGAAAAUUUGAUGGAGCUGAAGAAGAAAUUGUUGAAUCUCGAGAACGAGGAAGAUUAA